AAAUAUGAUUUUGGGGGAAAUAUUACUACAGUAUGUCUUGACAUAAUUUAAAUACUGCAAUGAUACAUACAUUUAUAUAUAUACCCCUGUGUGUGUAUGUACACUGCACCAUCAUCAUGUACUUCUCUGCCACUCCAGACUACAUUCAACAAUCUAGUGUCCCCUAUGACACUUCCUGGACUGACCAGAUAAGUCAGCUAACAUUUAAAUAGUCAAAUGCUACAUUUGUCAUGAACAAAUAACUGAGAUUGUGUACAUAUUAGAGAGUAGGUUGGUUUGGAUGUGAAAUUAUCUCCCAGAAGAGGUCGAGUGUUUAUCCAAGUUUCUUUGGACCAUUGCAGUGUGGAAUCAAUCACGUCAAUCGUCAGCCCAUUGUUAUCUACCACCAACUAAGGAGAAUCCCUCGUUAGUUUCAACACUGCGGUGUUAACAGAGAUCUAACUCGGUGUUCACGGUGCUCUGAACAUGGCCUGUUGGUUCCUGCCGCUGUGAUUUUCACCGCAGCCCUUCCGCAUUUUCCUGCCGCUCUCGGGCUGUGACGUGUCGUGCUGACGGCGGCCUCGUAUCUGGAGGAGCAGGGGGCUGUAGCACAACAAGACUCUGGCUCCAGUCGCAUUGCUUUGCUUUCGGCGAAGCUCCAGAAACAUCCACUAACCCCUCCUUCUCUGCUCAUCUCCGGCCCGCCCAAAUAACACAAAAUUCCCGACUGAAUCCUGCCCAAGUCUGGGGGAAGCAGGCGGCCUGGGAAAGCCGAGCAGCGGAAAGAGGCCACCCCUGCAGCGAAAAUCGGCUGUCCGAUAACAAAUGCAGUGCGAGGACAAUGGAUGAGGAUGUCACCAGGCUUGCGAUACAUUCUGAAGAGCCUAAAAUAAUAUUGCACGGAUCGGAUGAGGGUGGUGUCGGUGGCCAGGAGUUUGUCGUGGAGCUACAAGAAACUGUGUUGGUGUCAGAAGGAGACGGUGAAGGCAUGGCGGUCCACAGGUUCGCCCCAGAUGAGCUUGUCAUCCAGGACGCAGUGGAAGACGUGGUCUCUGAGUACGUGCACUGCGACGACGACGAGGACGUCGCUGUAGAAACCUGCGUGAUGGCUCUGGAGGGCGAGGAGGAAGGUGUUGCCAUGGGAGAUAUUCCUGAAGAUGGGCUGGACCCAGAUCAGCAGGAGGACGAUCAAGAUGGCUGUGGAGAUUAUCUGAUGAUAUCCUUGGAUGAAGCUGGGAAAAUGGUGUCCGAGGAUGGAACAGAAGUCACGGUGGAGGGAGCAGUGGAGGACCAGGAGGUGGAGAAGGAUGAAGACGGACAGGAAGUGAUCAAGGUCUACAUCUUCAAGGCCGACUCUGGAGAAGAUGACAUGGGAGAAUCUGUUGACAUCAGUGAUGGAGACACAGACGGCAUCCAUCUUGAUUCUUCAGGACAAACGCUUCGAGAGAAGAUGGUCUACAUGUCUGUCGGGGAUUCUCGACACAAUCAAGGCAACCACGGUGUUGAUGAUGGCGAUGGUUGUGAAAACCGUAACGGUGCAGCCAGCGCACUGCUACACAUCGAUGAGUCGGAUGGAAUCGAUGAAAUCAGUAGGCAGCGCACCAAGAGCAGGAGACGGUCAGAGCCGCGGCAGGUCCAGACAGCCAUCAUCAUCGGUCCGUACGGUCAGCCUCUGACUGUCUACCCAUGCAUGCUUUGUGGGAAGAAAUUCAAGUCUCGAGGUUUCCUCAAACGCCACACAAAGAAUCAUCACCAGGACGUUCUGACCAGGAAGAAGUACCAGUGCACCGACUGUGACUUCACCACCAACAAGAAGGCCAGCCUGCACAACCACAUGGAGGUGCACGCUCUGAGCAGCAAGGCUCCGUUCGAGUGUGAAAUGUGUGGCAAAGAGUUCCACCAGCAGACGGCGCUGUUCUCUCACAGACUUCAGCACCACCACAGAGAACCCAAAAACCAGCAGCCUCCGCCGCCGCCUCCGCCCCCUCCUCCCCCUCCUCCACCGCAGCCCACCAAGAUGCAUAAAUGCAAGUUUUGUGACUAUGAAACGGCCGAACAGGGACUACUCAACCGCCACCUGUUGGCCGUUCACAGUAAAAGUUUCCCUCACAUUUGUGUGGAAUGUGGGAAAGGUUUCCGACAUCCCUCGGAGCUGAAGAAACACAUGCGCACGCACACGGGCGAGAAACCGUACUCCUGUCUCUACUGUGACUACAAGUCGGCCGAUUCUUCCAACCUCAAGACGCACAUCAAAACCAAGCAUAGCAAAGAGCUGCCGUACAAAUGUGAGCGCUGCUUCCAGACCUUUGCCGAGGAGGAGGAGUUAAUACAGCACGGACUGACACACGAGGAGAACAAGACCCACCAUUGUGCCCACUGUGACCACAAGAGCUCCAACUCCAGUGACCUGAAACGCCAUAUUAUAUCUGUUCACACCAAGGACUAUCCACACAAGUGUGCCGUCUGUGGCAAAGGCUUCCACCGGCCGUCGGAACUCAAGAAGCACUCGGUCGCCCACCGCACCAAGAAACUCCACCAGUGCCGACACUGCAACUUUAAAAACGCAGACCCUUUUGUUCUCAGUCGCCAUAUCUUGUCCGUCCACACCAAGGAGCAGCAGUCCCCGCCUGAAAAGAGUGAAAGUAAGAGGACAGAAACGCACUCCGCACCUGCUACGCCCAAAAAGUCUGCCCCCGGUGGCUCCAGUGGUGCCGCGCCCGCCGUUAGGGUCAGCGCCGCCAGCUUAGCCAGCAGUGUGACAGUGGUUGUUGGCAAAGGACAGAAGGAGCGCAGAAUUUAUCAGUGCCAAUACUGUGACUACAGCACCGGCGACGCCUCGGGUUUCAAACGGCACGUGAUUUCAAUUCACACAAAGGACUACCCGCACCGCUGCGAGAUCUGCUCCAAAGGCUUCCGGAGACCGUCGGAGAAGAACCAGCAUAUCAUGCGCCACCACAAGGACGUGGUGCAGACAGAGUGACUCUGAGUGAGCGCUGAACUGUGUCACAGUGUCAAAGCAACUUCCCCCCCAGCCCCUCAAUCACUGCACCCACAGCACACACACACACACACACACACAACAGGUGUGUGUGUGUGUGCUGCACUUUGUACUGUUGUUCUGUUGCUUCAUUUUUAUACGUGUGUGUGUAUGUCUGUCUCUGUGUGUCUGUGUGUCUGUCAUUCAGAAACGUAAACCACCCACUUACCCCCCCACGUAGAGUUGCACUUUUUACUGCAUGUCCCUGCUGGUGACGGUGUGCAUGGCAGACUGUGCUAAUAGAAACUCUUUUUUUUUUUUUAUUUCUGCAGCCAACGAUCACUUAUUUCACCCCGGUCCUAACGACCGGUCUCGAUAGUCCAGAAUGCUUUAGCUCUACGUUAGCAUUAUUUCGUCACUGUCCCGAAACACAUCAGUGUCCAGAGUUAGCAGCCUGUUCCCAGUAGCACUUACAGUCAAGAUCAUUUUUUUUACAUGUAGUAAUUCAAUCAUGUACGGCUACAAUGAGUGGAUGAACGAAUGAAGGAGUGAAAUGGACUGAGGCUGAGGUUUCCUGCCGCGAACCAGAGAAAAGAAAACUAGUCCCGUUCAGGUCAGUCAACGAAGUCUGAACAGACACUUCAUACAAAUGAUGAAUUUUGUAGCGGUGACGUCACUUAUGCACAGGUUUAGACUACGAUCACCGAACUGUUUGAUAUUGAUACCUGAGUUAUCGUUAGUCCUACAGGAUCUCAACGCAGCAGGGAUGAAACUGCUUCUUUUACUGACUGCAAAGGAAAAUUUCCAGUAUUUAAAAAAAAAAGUGACUUUGGGACAAGCAGUUAGAUGAGUCUGAUUUUAAUGAUCUGAUGAUGGUGUUCAGAAGGUGCAGUAAAACAAAAAGGUCAUCAAUGAUAAAACAUACAGCAGUGAGUGUCUCUUUAGUCUAACGGAAACGUGCUCGAAAACUAGCCUAAAUAAUUUAACCACCGAUGUGUUUAGAAUUACAUAAACAAAAAUUAUUUUGUU